CGCUGACGCUGGCUGUCCGGCCGCCGGGAGCCACACCGCUGACGACCCUGCUGGUGACAGACAUCCAGAACAGCACCAACCUGUGGGAGCAGCUGCCCACCGCGGUGAUGAACGAGACGCUGCGGCUGCACCACCGCUGCCUGCGUGGGCUGCUGCCCAAGUGCAAUGGCUACGAGUCCGCAACUGAAGGGGACUCAUUCAUUCUCGCGUUCCACACGCCAAUGGAUGCUGCGCGCUUCGCCCUGCUGGCCCAGCAAGCCCUGUUGGAGCUGCCCUGGCCUGCUGAGCUGCUGGAACAUGAGGAUGGACGUGAGGUGUGGGCCGAACCCGCCAAACCCAAGCUGCCGGCUCGUCAGCCGCCGCUCGGUGCUCCUCGAGGUCCUGGGGGCGGCACGAGCAUGCACGUCAGCAUGCCUGGAGGUCCCAUGGCGGCAGCAGCACCCCACUACCCUGCCACCGCUGACGGGGAUUCAGAGGAGGAGGACGCCGCCACCUUUGUGUGCGACUCGCCCCUGGUGGGCAGCUUCGGCAACCAUGGCUGGCUGUCAGUUGCGCUACAAGGGCUGCAGGGCAAGCCGCCCGGCGCCCGUCGCGGCGGCGUUGGCGGCGUUGGCGGUGGCGGCCACCACUGGCGCGGCGCCAGCUCCUCUCGCAAAUCGCUCAACCUCAGUCGCUCCUCCACCUGCGACCGAGUGGCCUCCGGGACGGGGGUUGCCAGUGCCGGGGGCAGUGGGGAGCUGCGGGCGGCGUCCCCGCUGCCGGCGGCAAUGCGAGCUCCCACGGCACCGCUGGCGUUUGGAAUAGGCACCAGGGCCGCGGCACGCUUGCCUGAGGCCGCAAGGAAGGGCUCGCACGAGUACGGCUCACCGUUUUGCUCCUUAUCCGUGUCUCCCAGCGUUCCGCGCUUCCUGAGCGACGCCCCGCUGUCAGAGCUGCCGGAGGGCGAGCUGCCGUCGCCCACCUUCCGACCCGAUGGUGACACCGGGCCGGGCCUCCUGUCAACGGCUGCCAACUCGCCGGGCACACGUGCUAGGGCGCCGGCGCCGGGCUGUCCGAAACUGCAGCUGGGAGCGUUGGCCCCGCGCAGCGGCACGCCAGCUGGGGACGUAGAGUCGGCUGGGCUGGAGCUAUCCCUCCUAGCGCCGCCUCGCAGGGCCGCCGCGCCACGCGCCUCCUCCUCCUGGGAUGCGCUGUGUGAGGCAGCAGCUGGCAGCGCUUAUUACCCGCCACGCGGCUCAGGGACAGGCGGCCAGCAGGCGUCAGUGGAUCGCGCGUCUCGAGCCACUGUCGGAAGCGAU